AUGACAUGCGCAUACUCACCCUCGGGUAAUUAUGUAGCAUGUGGCGGUUUGGACAACAUAUGUUCAAUAUAUAGCCUAAAAACACGUGAAGGCAAUGUUCGGGUUAGUCGGGAGCUUCCUGGCCACACUGGUUAUCUAUCUUGUUGCCGUUUUGUGAAUGAUAGCCAGAUAGUUACCACAUCAGGUGAUGGGACUUGUGCACUUUGGGAUAUUGAAACUGGACAACAGAUUGCUUCUUUUACCGGACACACAGGAGAUGUGAUGAGCUUGAGUCUUGCACCAAAUCUCCAGACAUUUAUUUCGGGUGCAUGUGAUGCUUCUGCAAAGGCCAAUAGUUUAUACGCAUUUUUAUCUCGUACCUAUUAUUUAUUGUAG